AAUGGCAGAGCAAUGCAAGAUAUCUGCUGCCAUGCAUGCUAUCUCUCUAUCUGAGGAAAGGUCGUACGUGCUCAAGGUAGAUGGAUACUCAAGAGUCAAGGCGCUGCUCAAGAACGGCCAGCGCGUGAUCUCCACCCCUUUCAGUGUUGGAGGCCACGAUUGGAUCGUGAGAUAUUACCCACACGGUAGCCAUGAGGAUUCUGAAGAUUUCAUCUCUCUUUAUCUCGAGCUUAAAUCUGCCGAUGCUGAAGAUGUGAAGGCGAAGUUCACGUUCAGUGUACUUGAUGAGAAUGGAGAACCGGUGCCUUCAUACAGCUGUGAUAACUGGGGUUACCAUAACGUCAUCAAGAAGGCUGAUCUGGAGGCAUCGGCGCACAUAAGAGAUGACUGUCUCACCAUCAGGUGUGAUGUCACCGUCAUCCACAGCGAAGAAACAAGGGUUCCUCCAAGCGAUCUCCACCAUCAUCUCGGCGACCUGCUCAUGAACAAGGAUGCAGCAGACCUCACCUUUCAGGUAGGUGGGCAGACAUUCUCCGCUCUCACAGCUGAGCUCCUCGGGGCCAUGAAGGAGAGUUUUGCUGCUAGUCCUAUUGAAAUCUGUGACAUGGAAGCCGAUGUGUUCAAGUCCUUGCUCCAUUUCAUAUACACCGACUCAAUUCCUUCGGUGCUUGAUGUGGUGAUGGCUGGUCAUCUACUCGUUGCGGCUGACAGGUAUAACAUUGUCAGGCUCAAGCUGAUAUGCGAGGAGAAAUUGUGCAAUCAUAUUGAUUCCAGCAUGGUGGCAACCAGUUUGGUUUUAUCUGAGCAACAUGGUUUCCAUCGUCUCAAAGAAGCUUGUUUGCAGUUCCUUGCUUCUCCAUCCAAUUUGGAGGCGAUGGUGGCAAGUGAUGGGUAUGAGCAUUUGAAAUCCAGCUGCCCGUCUGUCCUCAAGGAGGUGAUAUCUAGAAUCCUGCCGGCUGAACUGAAAGUGGCAAAGGAUAUUAUCAUGGCAAUGUGGAAGUAA